AUGUCGGCGACCGGGGCGAUCACCAAGAACAAAGACGGGGUACCCCAGUGGACAGGGGACAGUGCAACCUUCAACGAAUAUGAAGAACAGUGUCUGCUGUAUGAACAGAGUACGGAGUAUUACAAGCGCUACAUGGUAGCUCCGAGGCUUAUCAGCGAGCUUCAAGGGCCAGCCAAGAGGCUGGUGGUUGGGCGACGACCCGAUUGGGUGAGCUAUGACGGCGGGGUGACCGUGCUGCUUUCUACGCUGCGGGCUUCCUUGGGGAAGCCUCAGGUGUCAGAGUUGGCGGACUUCCUUACCCGCUACUUCAAGCAGACCCGACGCCGCAGCCAGGAGUCAAUGCCCGACUACAUCACCCGGAAGUGCGAGACGUACUUACGAGCCCAACAAGCCCUUCAACGAGUCCUACCUCACCAAGGCACCAGCACGAGGAGUUCAUGGUCGGCGGCAGAAGGCGAACAACCGUGGAGCCGACGAGUCAGCGUGGAAUCCAUGAACAGUACAGGAGCUGGGCAACCCGCGACUCCCGUGGAUGGUGAGGCAGCGGCCCAAGAGGCUACCGAAGAGGGCGAUGAGACCACGACGCAAGCCACUGAUGAUCAGUGGCGAUGGGGCGGAUGGCACUCCGGUUGGACUUGGAGCAACUGGAACACAGGUUACCAAGGCUGGAAUUGGCAGCGCGAGAACUACGAUUACAAGACCGAAGGGAAGCGGAAAGGUGCGCUGGUGGAAAUCUUACCAGAUUUCGUCCAAGGUUGGUACCUGUUGUUCGACAGCGGGCUGAGCGCUAACGAGCGGAACAUGAUCCAUACAGCCAGCUACAUGGGCGAGGACCUUGAGGAGGACGACGAGGAGGCCGCCUUCCAGGAGAGCUAUGUGAUGGACAACCUGAAUGAGGAGGGCCAGGCUCUCAUGAUCGAGGCAGAGGAGGACGUGCAGCACGCCAUGGCAGUGAUCCAACAAGCUCGGAGGACGCUGAAGGAAGCAAGGGCUCGACAGCAACAAGUGAAGCUAUCGAGGCAGUACUUCAAGAAUGGACCUCCGAGACACAGUGGACCUUCGGCGAGCAGCGGGAGUCGACCCGGCGGGUUCGGCUCAGGACGCGGCGGGCUUCCUCGGGAUGACAGCCAGAUGGUAUGCCUGAAGUGCAACAAGGUGGGCCACCGGGCGGCUAACUGUCCACUCAAGGAGAACAACACCGGACAGGCUCAGAUGGCCGAUGAACCCGAAGAUCUAGAGCAUGCUCCCUUCAUUUGCUACACGGAGCAAGCGCUUGCUGUGGAGGAAAACUCAGCCUACAUGACAACGCAGCAAGCGGUGAAGGAUGGCUGGUGCGUGUUGGACGGCGGAGCCACCCGCACCUUGGGCAGCAUCAACGCGGUUCAGAAUGUUCUCGACAAGAACCUCGCCACGGAAGGCAACACUCGACUUCUGAGUGUGGAUCCGAAGCGGAAGCCAACAUUUUCCUUUGGGAAUAGUUCUGAGAACCGUUGUGCAUCCACGAUUGAGUUGGGAAUCCAGGCCGCCGAAAAGCAAGGCCGUUUGACCAUCCAUACGCUUGAUGAAGGAAAUGGACCAGUGUUACUGAGUGUUGCGAGUUUGAGGUCCUUAGGGGCUAUCAUUGAUUUUUCCGAAGAUCUGGUCUGCUUCCGGGCCAUCGACCCCUGUAGACUGGUGAGAGCACGCCGCUCGCAAAGCGGCCAUCAACUGUUGCCGCUGAGCGGGAACAUGUGUGAAGAGGCCUUGCAGCAGAAGCUACGAGACCAUGGAGAGGACCCACCCGAACGCUGGACCAAGGUGGAACUACGCCAGCGCUUGGUGGAGCUAGAGCCGGAGCUUGCGACCAACAGCCGCCGAGGCGACAAGGACACGGAGCUGCGCACCAUGAUCCACCGCAUCAACCAGGCGAGGCAGAAGAAGGCCACGCUGAUCCAGCUUUGCGAAGGAGAUCUGCAAUUGAUCCUCACGGGCAACGAAACCGUGGCCCAACUGGAGCGCCGAGCCGUGGAGCAAGCUCACAAGCUCACUCCAGCAGACGGAAGGGACUAUGUGGGUUUUGGAAAGCAUGCAGCUCUCCAGUACCUCGAGAUCAAUCGCUACCAGGCAUCCUACCGUGCGUGGGUGAUCCAGACGGAUGCCGAGAGUGCGGGUGCCGAUUACCGACUGCGGCGACUUGCGAAGUGGCUGAGGGAGAAUCCUCCCGAUGUGGACCCAGAGAACGAGACCCCGCAUCGCGAGACACAGGGGCGUUCCAAGGCAGCCCCCAAGCGGAAGACCGGACCCGCUUCGAAGGCGCUGUCUCUCCCCAUGAACACGCUCGAGGACGAGAAGGCCGCAACCUCCUCGACCUCCACGAGCGCCGAGAUGAACCAGAUGGCCCAGGCGAUCAUGCAGAUGGCGGGUGCGAUCCAGAACCUCCAGCAGGACAUGAACGAGAUGAAAGAGGAACGACCUCGCAAGAAGGACGGCAAGGAUCGCGAGCGCCAGGCGACCUCAGAGGGGACGUCCGACGGCUACACCAAGGUGGAGAAGCCGCGUUGCAGUUACCAUGUGCGUGCCAUAGGACGUAUCAACAUGGGAAGUGUGAAGGAGAAGAAUGCCAAGGGCGUUCAGUUCUUCCGGACAGCUUCGGAGAGGGACUCACAUGUCAGUGCCACGAUCUGCCACCGGACAAGCCAGAGCACUGUGGCGGUUCAGGAAGAACAGGUCCCAGACUUCGAACACGAACCCAGGGAUGAAGAAGGCUAUCACACGGAAGAAGUUCAGAAGGCGGAAGAACUGGCCCACUUGACACGAAGGGGUAAGCUAGGCGAGGACAAGGCGAACUACUUCUCUUUUGGCGCCUUCUCAUAUGGAGCCCAGUAUGGAGUGACCCGAAGGAAAUGGACUUCGCUGGUUAUCAACUACAACCAUCGUAUGCCUAUGCACAAAGACGUCAACAACGAGACCUCCCAACCUAACCUGGUGAUAGGUGUGAGACUGAGCCACUUGACGCAAGCAGAUUUGCAACAGUUGCGUGAAGCCAGAAACUUCCGCAGCAUAGCAAUCUCCGACUAUUGCCAUAGACAUGAGAUCUAUCUGGACUUGGUUCCGGGCGAGGCACACUGGAAGAUUGGAGUGUGUGAACAAGCUGUACAAGGACUUAAGACAGUGAUGUCGAAGGUUUGCGACUCUGAAGACACGAUUUCAGCCGAGGAAGCCCUUGCCACUGCUGUUCGGACUUUCAAUCAGAGGGAUCUGAUCAGGGGUUUCUCACCAGUUCAACAUGUGUUGGGUCAGGUUCCGGAUGAGACAGGCAGGAUUGAUGUGGCCACGCCGGCGAUUCCGCCGGAGUUGUUAAUUGAGAAUCCUACAGGGGAGUUUCAACAGGCGGUUCGAAGACGUUCUGAGGCUGAGAAGGCACAUGCAGAAUGGAACGCCCAACAGCGAUUGAAACGAGCGGCUAACUCCCGAAGUAGACCCGUGAUGGAUUAUCAUCCUGGAGAACUGGUUUUCUACUGGAGGCAACAGGACUCAGCCAAGAACCGUCAAGGACCCAGCACAAAGCGCGGAUACUUUAUGGGUCCUGCUAGGAUUUUGGCUAUGGAAACCAAACGGAACCCCGAUGGAACCUUGAAGCCAGGAUCUACGGUGUGGUGCGUUAGAGGCCGCCAGUUGAUCAAGUGUUGCGUUGAACAAUUGCGCCGGGCCUCCCAACGAGAAGAGUUAGUGGAAACCCUUACUGAUCAGGAUACCACCCCGUGGAGCUUCUCACGAGUUUCGGAACAGAUAGGAGGGAAUCAGUAUGAAGACGUGUCAGGAGAGAGCCCCACUGAUAUGGAGUGGUGGAGAUCACAGGAACCGGAGGAGGAACAGCAACCCACACGAUAUAGGUUCCGGGGGAAGAGACCGGCUCACCAGCCAGUUGAUGAAGACUCGGACGAGGAACUCAUCUCCGAUGGGGAAAGGAUCGCGUCCUCCAGCUCAAGACAACGUCCUCGACGACACGAGGAGGCCGGGAUCUGUUGGUGGAGUCAGAUUCAGGAAGAACAGUGGGGCCAUUCGAAACAGGCUUUCUGGCAGAACCCCAAGGCCGGAGUCGAAGUUGAGAUUGAGCUGCCUAACAACCCCAAGUCCUGGAGUCGUGCGUUGCAAGAUCUUCCUUGCUACAUGGUUGGGGCCAUGAAGCGAAGGGCGAUUGAGGUGAGAGAGAAAACCUUGAGCGAAGAUGAGCGGGCCCAGUUUUCUGCAGCCAAAGCGGCUGAAGUGAAAAACUUCUUAGCCUCCCAAGCCUUCGAAAGCCUCCCCAGUCACCUGAAGCCUAGUCGGGAACAGGCCAUAGGUAUGAGGUGGAUUCUUACGUGGAAGUACCGGGAAGACGGCAGUAGGAAAGCCAAAGCUAGGGCGGUUCUUUUAGGAUAUCAAGAUCCUUCGUAUGAACAUAGAAGCACCACGGCUCCCGUUAUGUCCCGACAAUCCCGUCAAAUGCUGCUCCAACAAGCCGCGAACCGACAGUGGACUGUUCAUAAAGGAGACGUUUCAGGGGCUUUCUUGCAGGGCAGGGAAUACCCAGACGUCUUACAUUGCAUACCGUGCGACGAAAUAUGUGAUGGCAUGAACAUUCCCCGUGGUAGCAUCACACGAUUGAAGCGAGCAUGCUACGGCUUGGUGGACGCUCCCUUGGAGUGGUACAGAUCGGUCUCGGAGUUCCUCGAAGGACUGGGAUUGCAAAGGACCUGGAGUGAUGCUUGCACCUGGACUUGGAGGGUCAGGGGUCAAUUGAGGGGCAUCAUUUCGGGACACGUCGAUGACUUCUUGUUUGCUGGAAGUGAUCACGAUCAGGAGUGGCAGGAGAUUCUUCGGAAAAUUAAGGAGAGGUUCAAGUGGGGUGACUGGGAGCGUGAUGAGUUUAUUCAAUGCGGGGUGAAGGUGGAAAAGGUGCCUGGAGGUUACGCGUUGAGUCAGGCUCAAUACGUGGAGGGUCUGAGUGAGAUUCCUCUGAACGCCCAGCGGAAACGCCAGCGGAAAGAGAACACGAGUGAAAGAGAAAAGAGUCAACUUCGAGCUGCUUUAGGAAGCCUAAGCUGGGUGGCGCAACAGACUGCGCCCCAUUUGUCGGCUGAGGUUUCGCUGUUGCUGUCAGAGGUCUCGACCAGUACUGUGGAGACGAUCGUCAAGACUAAUCAGCUGACGGCUAAUGUCAAACAGAGAAAGCAUCAUAAGAUGUUGAUUCAUGGAUUCGCUGAGGGCGAGGAUCUGGCAAUGUAUGCCUGGGUUGAUGCUGCUAACGCCAACAGGCCGGAUGGAGGCAGUACUCAGGGUAUCUUCGUGGGCCUGGGUCCGAAGUCCAUGCUCAAGGGCGCAGUAGGUAGCGUGUCGCCGAUGGCAUGGCAUUCGUCCAAAGUGGAUCGAGUGUGUCGGUCCCCAGGGGCCGCAGAAGCCCUUGCGGCAGUGAACGGAGAGGAUGCUCUGUUCUACGCCCGGUACCAGUGGAGCGAACUACAGAAUGGUGAGCGCGAUGUGCGAGAUAGCUGUGCAGUGGUUCAAGAAACCAUUGGUUGUCUCGUGACUGACUCGAGGAACGUCUACGACAAGCUGAGCACGGAAGUGAUAGUAGUGAAAGGUGCUGAACGUCGAACAGACCUGGAAUUACUGGGACUGAAAGAGUCGCAAACUAGUACCAAUCUACAGAUCAGAUGGGUCCAUUCAGAGGCUCAGUUAUCAAACAGCCUGACAAAGGCUGGAGGAGGGCGCGAGAUCGAGUUGUACUACCAGAUGCAGCACAGAUGGCGAAUCGUGGAGGACGAGCAAAUGAGAUCCGCAAGACGACGAAAACAAGAUGGACUUGCUCCUCUAGGUGAUGAUGUGGUGGAGGAGAAGUAA